AUGUCUCGAGCUGUGAGCGCACAGGUAGAUGUUGGAAAUCUCUCUCUCGCGGGCUUAGGGCAAUUUUCGACGAUUCUGGCAGCUGUAUCCGCCGAUGAUGUUCAACCCAUGGCAUUAAUUCAGUUGCAAAACCUGGGUGCAGCAUUUCCAGUCAGUGGACCGGCGACCAUAAAAGUGCCAGACUAUUUGAAUCGAUUCAACAGUACGCGCAUUGAGCGUCUGGGAAUAACUGUGGGCUGGAGAAAAGGCGACUCCGCGUCCCUCAUGGCUCAAUCAUCUGGGGGCCAGGCAGUCUCUUUGAUAGCAGUCUGCCUAAGUAACAUAUACAGAGACUCCGUUGGAGAAAUCCUCCACUCACUUUCCGCUGGUGUUUUGCCCCAGUCGGCGUGUCUUAGUAGUCCCAUGCAGCUGGAUCAGGCGGCAGGUCUACUUGCCAAUAAGCUUGCCUUGAUCGGCUUCGGGACUACCCUCGCAAAGCAUAUUUGCCGCAUCCAUGAGGCCUAUGAAUUGAUGCAGCUCAGUGUUCCUUCAAAUCUCCUGGAAGUCUGUCGGAAAGAGUGGAUAGCAGAGCUGCUAGGAACUAUAUCCUGCGCUUUGCGGGAUGAGAAAGGCCAGGUGCAAAUUCGCGGAUGCUGUGGCAUGGGGUAUAUAUAUCCCCUCGUGGUCACUUUAUUUUCAGAUGAUUGUACUGUGACAAUCGAGAAACUUGUUGUUCAUCAAGGUCAUCUCUCAUGCUCUAUAUCCGUGGAGAUCAUUGCAUCGAUGCAAGAUGAACCCAUUCAAGUGCUCCAAACGCAGCAAAUCAGUUCAGUGACGGAAUUGCUUUGCACUUCUCGUUACGAAAAGGACGAUGAUGUCAUGCACAGCCUCAUAACAGCUGAUUUUAAGUGGAAAGGGCUUAUUCCAGCGCUUCUCCAGACCACCUUUCAGCAAUUCAACAUAGUUUGCCCCCCAGACUUGAUACCAGUAGUGGGGCUAUGUGUUUUGUCCGGUGCUGAUGUGACCUAUGUGUACACUGAGGGUGCAAAGGUUGAUAAAACGCGAUCUAACACACGGCGGUUCCCGGCCAAGUAUCUUCUUGGCGAAAAUCAUCGCAUACUCAUGCACCAGCGCUGUGAGACCAUUUUGAAUACGAACCUCCCAAAUGAGUGGCCGCCAUAUCCUGAUUGCCUCCGCCAGCUUAAUGAUUUGAUGGGACGACUCUUUACACAAGAACAAGACGGAUCUGCCAACUCGGACAAGACACCAACGAUGCCCUCGGGUGAUAGAUUCAUGAUAAGCGUUCUCGACAUAAUUGAAUCUGCAUUCGCUGCGGUCUUCGUGAAUGCCUCAGAGAAUGCCACUUGGAGACAACGCAGUCAGGCUAACAUGUGGAUAACGCCGGGGUGGGGCCGACCAGGACGGCUGCAAUUCCCAUUAUCGAGUCAUCUAUUAUGGAAACCACUCUUCGACAUCCCUAAGCCAUAUUUGAUUGCUGGCUCAAAUGGGACAAGUACACUUAUUCCGUGGCGUUGCAUCAACCUCCAGCAUGAGGAUCUGUGUCAGUACCGUGGCAUGGAGCUUAUUGAUGGACCUAUCAAAUACGGCAAUCGUUAUCAUUAUUACCUUCAGGACUUUUCUUCUAGAUUCGAGAGGCCCUGUCCAUCUCAGCCAUCAAACUUUGUCAGCCCGCUCAUGCCUACAGCUCAAGGUAUCCACUCUGAUCUCUCGUUCACGGUCUCGGAAAGAACGCACACACUACUACUACGAACCACGAUGACAGUAUCCGGCCAGAAGAUUGAUGUAUGCUUCGGAGAUUGUCUAGAUAGAUUGGUAUACUUGGAUGUGACUGAGCCGUGUGAACAUGCAAGGGCCACACCUUUGAAAGAUGAAUAUUCACAGUUCGUACAGACAGCGUCUGUCGAGGCGCCGGGACCUCCUAAGGAACCCUCAGACACCAUCUCCAUUGUACAGACUGCUGGUAAUCCUACCGCACAGCUUUUGUCUCUGUCACUUGAUUCCGCUAUUCUUUGCCACUAUUGCUGUCUAAACUGCGUUUAUGAACAGGCCCGGUCGAAAGGCAUACGCAAAAUCAUUCUUGCGUAA